AUGGCGGCGGCCUGCACCGAGAUGGAGCCGGCGGCGGCAUCCCCUCCCUCUCCCCCUCCUCCCGUUGCCGCGCUGGACUCUGCCGAGCUGGUGUGCGCGCAGGGCCGAAACCUGAAGGCGGUUCUGUGCCAGCGCUGCGGGUCCCGGGUGCUGCUGCCCGGCGCCGCCACCUUCGCCCGCCGAGAGCUCCUCCUGCCGGCCAUGAGGAAAAAGGCAGCAGCGGCGGCGGCGGGCGGCAGCGGCGGGGACGUGGUGCGGGAGCACUGGCUGGUGCGGGACAUGUUCUCCUUCGAGAACGUGGGCUUCACCCGCGACGUGGGCAACGUCAAGUUCCUGGUGUGUGCCGACUGCGAGGCGGGGCCCAUCGGCUGGCACUGCCUCGACGACAAGGACAGCUUCUACGUGGCGCUGGAGCGCGUGGCCCACGAGUGA